GGCGCCCAGUGCGGACUGCGGUGCCCGCAGCCCCUCGCCCGCCCUCGCCCGCCCCUCGCCCGCCCAGGCCGGCUGGCGAGCUCGCGAUGUGACCGAGCCUGGGAGCGGGCGGGCGGCUCUGCGAGCAGCAGCGCCUCGGCUUCUGUCUGGCCGCGCGUUCCCUGCGGAGCCGCGAUUCCCUCGGAGCGGGAGAGGCACACCAGGGGCUCGGAGCGCGCCCCCCGGGCCCGGUGCAGCCGCCGCCUCCGCCGGGCACCGCGGAGCCGAGGCGGCUGGUGCAGCGCGGGGCCACCGGCCGCGCGCAGCCGAGCGCGGUCCCCAAGAAGGCGCCCAGUUCGCUGCGUCCCGCGAGUUGACUGCAGUUUCCGAAGUUGGAGGGAGCCGUGCGGAGGCGAGGCAGCAAGGAGGAGGGAGCUCGCAGCAUUUCAGAGCCACGGCACUGCCAGCGCUGGGAAGGGUUGCAAGGACAGUUUUCUCCAAGGUUGGUCUCUGCGGCGGACGCAGCCCUCGGCCCGAUGCCACCAGGUCUGGAGGACUGACCGACGCGCCAGCCGGCGCCCCCUCCGGCUCCCGCCAUGGGGCCCUCCGGGAGCCUGCUGGGCGGACACCUGCAGAUUGCCCUGUGGGGAAGCUUGGCAGCUGCCGCCACGCUCUUCCUCAUCACCUUCCUCAUCUUCCUGUGCUCCAGCUGUGACAGAGAGAAGAAGCCGAGACAGUACAGCGGAGACCAUGAGAACCUGAUGAACGUGCCCUCGGACAAGGAGGUGUUCAGCCGCUCGGUGACCAGCCUGGCCACGGACGCGCCCCUCAGCAGCGACCAGAACGGCGCCCUCACCAACGGGGACAUCGCCUCGGAAGGCAGUGCCGGGACCUGCGCGCAGCAUUACGAGGAGGUGCUGGCCGCGGCCUCCGACCUGCCGGACGCCCAGGAUGGCUCAGGGAAGCCUAAGGGCCACCAGAGCCGGGAGCUGCCCCAGAUCCCCCCAGACAGCGCCGUGGACACGCUGGCCAGCGCCAGGAGCGUGGACGGGGACCAGGGGGCAGGGGCGGAAGGGCCCUACGAGGUGCUCAAGGACAGCUCGUCCCAGGAGAACAUGGUGGAGGACUGUCUGUAUGAGACGGUGAAGGAGAUCAAGGAGGCGGCUGCACCCCCGGGCAAAGGCCCCGGCGGCCGGUCCAGGGCGGCCCCCGCUCCCAAGGAGCCGCCGGCACCCCAGACCCCCGGCAGAGCCGACUUCGCGGAAUACGCCUCGGUGGACAGGAACAAAAAGUGUCGGCAGAGCAUGAACGUAGACAGUGUGCUGGACCCUGCCCGGGACGCAGAGGAGGAGGCCCCACCGCCGGUGCCCAUGAAACUUCUGGACGAGAACGAGAACCUGCAGGCGCAGGACAGGAGCGCCUCUGAGGGGACCCGCGAGACCAACAAGAGGUUCAGUGCCCUGUCGUACAAGUCCCGCGAGGAAGACCCGACUCUCACAGACGAAGAGAUCUCGGCCAUGUACUCAUCUGUCAAUAAGCCUGGGCAGUCGCUCAAAGUGCCCGAGUCCAGCGACACCUGCAGCCCGGGAGCUGCCCGGAGGUCCCCGUCCUCCUGCAAUGACCUCUAUGCGACCGUCAAAGACUUCGAGCAGCCUCCCAGCGGCGCGGGCACACUGGCCCCGGCAGCGAGGCCCCGGGAGCCCGAGCCCGACUACGAGGCCAUCCAGGCUCUGAGCAGAGAGGACGAGAAGGCCCCCCUGGAGCCCAGCGGCCUGCGCGGCCCCUUCCCAAAGGAGAACGACUACGAGAGCAUCGGGGACUUGCAGCAGUGCCGGGAGGUCACCAGGCUCUAGCAGCCCCCGCGCGGUCCGUCGGGGACAGGAGACCAGGGCGCUGUCCCUCCGCGUCACGUGCUGCUUCCUUGGCCGAGGGCAUGAAGACUCCAGGACGGAACAGGAAGGCGCACACCUGGCUGCCAGUGCACCCUGUCUGCCAGGCACGGCCACACCAGCACAAGGCCCCGUGUUCCCACACCCUCGGACGGGUCCCAGUGUCAGGGGAUAUGCUGUUCGGAAGAGCCAGGUUCCCCUCUUCCUGCUCUUGGGGCGUCUGCUCUGGUCUCCUUGAAAUUGCCCCAUUUCUACUGGCUCCUUCCAAGGAAAUCGCCCACAGGGCUUGGUCUUUGCCUUCAACGUAGGUGUUUUCAGAUGGUGUUUUCAGAUCUGUGGCUGCUGCUCCCGACGGAUCACCCAGCGUCUUCUGGGGACGCCCUCAAGGGCCUUGGGUCUCCGUGCCUUCUGUUCUGGGCACUCCACGUCAGCAGCUUCUCCCAAAGGAUUUGAAGUCACUUUUAGAUGCUUUAUUUUAUUUUUCUAGCCAAAAUGCCCGCCCCCACUCCCGUGUUUGAAACUUCAGAACCUUUGCAGUAUUUGCGGGGAGUGCUGUGGUACUUCCAUACUUGUUGGAGCCCGGAGCCCAUUCCUCCAGCACACAGCUGGACGCCGUGCCGCCUCCUGGCAGGGCUGUGGACUGGACCUCGGGUCUCUGAGGAUCUGAGCAGCCACACCAGCUGCGCCGGGCCCUCACGGUAACGGCCACCCUAAGGUCAUCUAGCUGAGAUUAAAAUGUAAACAUUUAUUUUUGUUAUCUAAAUUUAUAAGAUGUCUUAUGUUUAAUGCCUAGUUUCUAGAAAGUGUCAGAAAAAAUGUAUAUUAACUAUUUUGAUUUUAUGUACAAUGAUUUAUACUCUCAUUUUGAAAAAAAUCACCACAAAGCACAUAAGCUAGGUCCUUACUAGUCGUUAUCGUUUUUCUAAUGAAGUAUUUAAAACGUUGAAGGUUUUUAAAGACUCAGACUUUCCGAAUGGUACUUGGAGCUCUUGGUCAACAUCACCUAGCUCUCGCAGGAAUCAGCGGAAUAACCAUAAGUGGCCGUUUGCAGUGGUUUGUGAUGGGAAACAUGUAAAAUUUGAGAUGGUGAGACGGGAAAGAAGAACAGCCUGACCGAGGUGCCUGGGCCACUUCCCGCAGGGCCAUCCGCGGCGGCUCCGGGAAGGCAGCGUGAUGAGCGUCACUGGGGGAGCAGGGGGCCUACCGGAUUCUCUCCCCUUCACUUACAGAGCUCGGUGUUGGCAGUUACUCAGGUCGAGAGAUCAGCUGGUUUGAGUUUAACCAUCUCUUUAGAGGUCAUGAGGCCGACUGUGGGACUUGCUCACUUUUCCCUCUACAAGGAGCCCCGGGGGCCAGGCCAGCGUCGAGGCGGCUGUCCAGAGGCCCCUGGCACCUGGGAGGGCUCGUCACUGGUGUGUCAUCACUGUUUACACCUUACAGUUCAGUAUUUCAUAAAUCCCAUCACUUUUACUGUAUUUGUUGCAAAAUCUGUGCUACAGUCUUUGAAUUGGACAAAAGCCAUGACUUCUCUCAAAAAAGGUUUUCAUAUUUAAAUGCUACAGUUUAAACAUGAAAGGUAAUUCUCAAAAAAAAAUUGCUGUAUCUUUAAAAUUCAACUUUGGCAUCCAUAUUAGGCAUUGCAUUACAAUAACUUAGGUUAUGUAAAAUUAUACAAAAAGAUAAAAAUAAUUUUUAGGAAAACCUUUUCAUCUCCUAAAUCAGAAUUAUAAACUUAUCUUGCUUAAAAAUAGGAUCUUUGUCUUUGUUCCGAUAUUUGUUACAUUUAAAAGAAUUUUUUCCCGCUCCUUUGACUGUUUCUCGGAUACAGUGAGCAGGAAAGUGUCGCCUGUUUUAUGUGAAAUGUUUGGGUCCAUGUUGUAGGUGCUUCCACGUGCAUUUUUCCCCUGCCUGCGCACUCUGGAAGUUGCUGCUCUCCUUCAUGGGGAAAAAGCAAAUUACUGAUUUAUUUGCUCUCAAAAUCCAAGAGUUCAUUUGAAUUGAGAGCUAAUUAGCAAUAGGUAGUCAACACAAAGAAAUAAAACACAACCUCUGUUUCUCAUAGUGGAUUUUCAUUUUUUUAAUUGGAGCAUUUACUAACUUUAACCAGUAACAAACUAUAUAUAUAUAUACACACAUACACACACACACACAUAUAUAUGUAUGUAUAUAUAUGUAUAUAUAUAUACACAUUCAUAUAUAUGAUAUAUCUGUAUAUCUAUAUCUACUUAUAGAUAUAGAUAUAUCUCAUAUAUAUGUUCUGGUGCUUAAUUAAUUAGGAUACAUCCUAUUAUCCUAUGUAGUGUUUUGAAUGUUUAUUUUACUGGUGCGAAGACUACCAUCAGAGAAGCAGGACAGAAACAAUUCUCCAGUAGCUUUCGCUUGCUAACUGUAGGAAAACCUUCUCCAGUUGCCCUGAUUUAAUUUUUCUAAUGAAUAAAUUCAGACUUUAAAUCAAAUCCAUAAUUCCUUCAGCUGUACAGCAGUGGUAUUUUAAGUAGUUGUCUUACCCAUGUGACUCGGACAGGUGUUGGAGAAGAGAUCUGGCCAAAAGCCCCAAGAGCCAGGACGGGCACAGCAAGGGGACCCGCAGGUCCCAGGGCAGAGCCACUCCCGUGGGGCCAUUUCCCACACUUGCUUAGAGACCACAGAGUCCGAAGGCGCAGUGCAGUGAGCUGUGGGAGGUGACUGCUCUGAGCUGAGGGCCGGGCUAGCAUCACAGCUUUGGUGCAAGACUGCACCAGGACUUUGUAAUGAGUCAGCGACAGUUUUCAGUGCUUCUUGUGUUCGUGUGACUCCGCCGACCCGGGGAUGCCAGGCCCUGAUGGUGCCCGGCCUGCUUCGGCGAUAAACCAUGGGUACGACAAGCUCACGGGGCUGUGUGAUCGGGCAAAGCUAACGUGUCACAUGUGCUGUUAAUAAGCAAUGGAUGUGAAAAUGGGAACCUGUGUCUGUGAUAUCACACGUGGCUUCAUUCACUUCCUGGGCCUGAGGCGGCGCUUUUUGCUCUGUGUUGUACCUUUCUUCCCUCUGCUGCUUCUGACCGAGGCGUUAGGCAGGUGUCCACACUUAGAAAGUAUUUGAGGAAGAGAUCAGUCCAGAAACCAUGAUAAAUUGGAGUCUUCAUCCGGAAUUACCAAAGGAGACUAAAUUGAAAUCAUGGCCCAGAGAGAACCGACAUUCCUGCUGUCUCUUUAAGUCUGUGUUUACAUCCCGUCUCCAUAUUUAUAAAGGAUUUCGUUGGUUUUCCAGGUUUUUCUUUCAUUUAACCAGGAAAUGGUAGUUCAGACUCCUCAUCAUGCCAGAUGAAAUGAGAAAUGCAAUUUUUGUUAAAAGCAAUUUUUUUGAAAGCUUUCAAUUUCUUAAUCAUUUAUCUUAAUGCGUUAGAUUACUUUUUCUUUUUUUUUUCUUUUUGCUGCUCAUCACUUAUAUAUACAUGGCUAUUCUUUUUAAUGUAUUGGGCUCUGCGUGUCUUAGAUCACCUUGUGUACUGGAUUAUAAAGGCUGGUAAUUGUCAUUCCUCAGACUUCUGUAUGUUAAAGUGGCAACAGUAAAUUUUUUGAUGUUACCUUUUAAAUAAUUGUGUAGUAUUGAUAUGCCUCAUAUAUUCAGGAGAAGCUUGAAACAUAGCUAAACAAAUAGGAAUUUGCAUUUCACUGUUCAUGCAUUUUUUUCCUCAUAAAAAUAAGUUUCCCAAAAAGUGACUUAUUGUCUGUUAGGUGGUCCUGAGGGGUUGCACAGUCCUCCUCUUACUCAAGAGGUCUCUGUCGUGGUCAAAUUGUCCAAUUCACAAAUGAGCGGGGAAGCUGUUUUCAAUAGUGGGAAUUUUUAAACCUUCGUUUUAGUCCAAAAGUACCUGGAAUGGGCUUCCGCAGCUUGUAGUGUUUCCCUUCAGGACCGGCUUAAAGAUGGUGGGCAGGAAGGCACUAUUGCUUCCCGUCUCCGCGGGCUCCACCUACACAGGUGACCUUCUGUCACUUUGCACAGCAGGACCCCUGAGCCUCUUCCCACACCAGCCCCUCCCAGUCCGCUGCUGUGGGAAGGACGCCCUAUCGCGUCCACCUUCUCCAACACCAAGCACGGCCCCUGCCUCCCCAGAGCCGUCCCCUCCCAGGUGAGCAGACACCCGCCUCCCCCCCAGCUCAGUUUCCUGCCCCGCAGGCUGCCAGGCACGGCCCAGGUGCACCUGGGGAAGCGGAUGCGCUGGUCUUGCUUGCCCGCAUCUCUCAUGAGCGUGGUUGGCGCUGAGGGGCCGCGGGAAAGAACCUUUGCAGUUCUGUUGAGAACUUGAACUCGCAAAUGUAGGCACACGCUCCCUGACCAUGCUCUCCCGGGGAGCUCCGCCCCCACAAUGCACUGGGACUGCCCUGUCUCCCUGGGGUCCCAUGAAGGUCGAGCUCUGUGGUGGACCAGUGGGUUCCUGUAAGGUAGGACGCUGGCUAUUUUAAGGGGAGAAACCCUGUCUUGUAAGGAGUAAUCAUUUAUAAAAACAAACUGAGUGUACCUUGUGCGUUUUGUCAGUUCUACCCAGUUUGAGGCCCCCUCCAGUCCCAGCAUCGCACUGGAGUUCCCGGCCAUUUCCAGGCAAACUGGCAUUGCCAGGUCAGGCCGCGCCUGGCGAAUGGGGACACGGGGCCUGAGGGUCUGGACACCUAAGAUCCACCACCUUUCGUUUGGAUGGUUUUGUUUAGUGUUGAUGUUUUGAAGUUCACUCUAAGUGAACGUAACACCAUAGUUAAUUAUCCAAAUGGAUAAUCAGGAGUGUUAUUUUUUCCAAAUUGACAGAACAGAUAGCUGCUCCUUCUCAUUAUAUAUUUACUUUCAAAAGCCCACCCACUAUACCAGGUCGGCAGCCUGAGUAAGACAAUGAAGGCGAAAAGAGACCAGCCCUGGCCCCUGGGGCCUGCACUCCGGGCCACCCGGUCGUAAUGUCUGCUUUUGUUUGUGGUUUUUUAACUCAACAAGUUAGAAACUGUGAGUUUAAAACAAACUGUUUGCCCCUUCUUGAGCUUAAAGAGCAUUAUUUUUAGUUUGGGUCCUCACAGAGGUGGGGGAGGCUGACCCCAGGCCGGAGUCUGUCUGAGGACUUUGGCCGUUCCUUCGACAGGUCUGCGUGUUUUCAGUGAGCCUGCCGCACUGUGCAGGCCCCGCCGCAGCUCGCUCACCCGCACAGCCCAUGUUUGCACACACUCCUCCUGUGCUGCUCCGGCAGCUCCCUGGUCCUGGGGUGGGGCUGCCCGCAGGGCUUGUCCCUCGGGGAGGAGCAGAGACAACGGCAGGAAAGCCAGCUUUGUGGACAUCAACAAGCAUUUGGGAGAGUCUGUCUGCUCAGACUUGGACACUUCUUUCUACUUUUUUUUUUUCCUGAGUCCCAACCACAUACUUGCUUCUGGGGGUGGGCAGGGCAAGGAUCAGAAGUAAAAACUGAACUAAGUGACAGGGCCAAGGCUGCCUGCCCCAUCCCUUCGGUGUUUCUGUGUCUGGAAAAUGCAUUAUCCCGACUCCCUGUCCACCACGGAGUCCCUUAAGAAGGGAGCCAUAAGCAGGUAGGGAGGAGAGGCAACUCAGAGACUUAAUCAUUGUUUAGAUAUUUUCUUCUUUGUCAACUCAGGAAUCAGCCUGGUUUGUGGGAGCAUAAUAUGGCUAAUUAAACUACAACGCGUAGGUCGCUGGACACGUCCUUUCAACGUUUUCAUUUAAAGGCUUCUGACUGUUUUAGCUGGGAAGAGAGACCCCUCCUAACGGGGAAACUAACCUCACAAAAGACUUCUAUAAACUCUUUCUAGAAGAGUGUACAUCAGCCAGCAUCUACCCCCAGAGUAUGUGUUUCUUAUCAAUAGUAUUUCAGCAAUUUUUAUGGGAGAAAAAAAUGCACAUUUUUUAUUUCCUGGAAAAAUGAAUUGAGGUGUUGAAUUAAAUUCUCAGAGGGGAUCGUUGAAAGGGAAGCACUGGCUUUGGAGAUGAGCUCUUGGCUCUGUGGUCCCUGUUCCAGCAUCGAUUUUACUGUGUGACCUUGAACAAAUGAAUUAACUUCUCUGUGCCUCCGUUUCUCCACGUACACAAUGGAGAUCAUGAAACCAACCACUGCCUACCUCAUAGGGACGUUAUGGGGACAAAUGGGACCAUCUGGAGGAACACCAAUGCUUUGAACUCUGGAAGAAGGUGCUACAGGAAUUGACAUUGUAUUGUUUUUUCUGACCCAAGUAUUAUGUUUAGGGCUUAAACAAUAGCAAUACUGUUAGUCAGGUUGGGAGUGAGUGUCAAUUUCAUGCCUAUUUACAGCCCUCUUCUCGGCCAGGCCUGACCAUCCAGCCAAUCACGGUACCUAAGGACUGAGUGUUUGUUUUCUGUGUUUCUACCCAUAGUGUUUUAUUCUGAAUGUUCCCAAGGCUGGGGGUUAACUUCUAAUAUCUUAUUGUUUACAUGUAAUGGAACUUAUGCGAGUUGUGUAUAAAGAAUAAUUACAGGUAAAUAGCAGGUACAUUGUAAUUAAGGCACUUAUCAAAUUGUCUUUGUUCUUUUUGUUUCAAUAAAGGCCAGUUUUAUAUAAAAA